AUGAGUCCCUCUCUCUUCCUGGUCCUCCUUGGCUUCCCGGCACUCUCCGCUGCUCCAGCCCUUGAGUAUGGUUUAAAUGCACAAUGGCACCAGUGGAAAGCAAAGCACGGGAAAACCUACGGCACGAAUGAAGAAGGAUGGAGGCGAGCGGUGUGGGAGAAGAACAUGAGGAUGAUCGAGCAGCACAACGAGGAGUACAGCCAGGGGAAGCAUGGCUUCACCAUGGCCAUGAACGCCUUCGGGGACAUGACUAAUGAAGAAUUCAGGCAAGUGAGGAACAGCGUUCAAUACCAGAAGCUCCAGAGGGGGGCAGUGUUCCAGGAGCCUCUGUUUGGGGAUGUGCCCGAAUCUGUGGACUGGAGAAAGAAAGGCUACGUGACUCCUGUGAAGGAUCAGGGUCACUGUGGUUCCUGUUGGGCUUUUAGUGCCACUGGGGCCCUGGAAGGACAGAUAUUCCGGAAAACGGGCAAACUCAUCUCGCUGAGUGAGCAGAACCUCGUCGACUGUUCCAGGGCCCAGGGCAAUAUGGGCUGCAGUGGUGGCCUGAUGGAUUUUGCCUUCCAGUAUAUUAAGGACAACGGCGGCCUGGACUCAGAGGACUCCUAUCCAUACGAGGCCAAGGAUGGAUCCUGUAGGUACAAACCUGAGAAUUCUGUCGCUAAUGACACAGGCGUAAUAUACAUUCCAAAGCACGAGGAAGCCCUUAAGAAGGCAGUGGCAUCUGUUGGGCCCAUCUCUGUUUCUAUCGAUGCAAGCUUGAGGUCCUUCCAGUUCUAUAAAAAAGGCAUUUAUUAUGACCCAGACUGCAAAAGCAGUGAGCUGAAUCAUGGUGUUCUGCUGGUUGGCUAUGGUUUCGAAGGAACAAACCCGAAUAAAAAUAAAUACUGGCUGGUCAAGAACAGUUGGAGUAAAGGAUGGGGCAUGGAUGGCUACAUAAAGAUCGCCCGAGACCAGAACAACGUCUGUGGAAUUGCUACGGCAGCCUGCUAUCCUACCGUGAACUGA